AUGGUUACCUCUCCAUUUCUCGGAAUUAUAUUUCGAGUUUUCGCAAUUUCUAUCACUUCCACUCGGGAAAAGAAUGCCAAACCUCAAGUUAUCUAUGUGAAUCAAUACGAGAAUGCCUCGAUAGGUCUCGGCGAAAGUGAGCAAUACCAUCGAAAACCUAACAAUUUUGGCGAGCAAAUCUACACAGUUUGCACCGGGACAAAUGUGGAAGCUUGUGGUUAUUGGGAAGACAUUGAGACAAAGAAGAAAAUUGUGGAUGCCUCGAAGACGACUGUUGACUUGAAUACUUUUAUUUUAACCAUGGUGAAUGUCUCAAUGAAUGAAGGUGGAACUUAUUGGUCAGAUGAUAUAAAUGAGGCAAAGAUUUUGCAUAUUAUGCCAAACGGUAUCCCACUUUCCUCCUGA